GCGGCUGUGCUCCGAGGGAGGCUGGCCGUCAUGGCGGAGGUGAAGGCGCCGGAGCCGCUGGAGAUCGAGAGCAGGAUCAUUGAGCUGUGCCACCAGUUUCCCCAUGGCAUCACAGACCAGGUGAUUCAGAAUGACAUGCCCCACAUGGAGGCUCAGCAACGGGCCAUGGCCAUCAACCGACUGCUCUCUAUGGGACAACUGGAUCUUCUGAGGAGCAGCACUGGCCUUCUCUAUAGAAUCAAGGAAUCUCAAAAUGCAGGUAAAAUGAAGGGAUCUGACAAUCAAGAGAAACUGGUCUAUCAGAUUAUAGAGGACGCUGGCAACAAAGGUAUUUGGAGCCGGGAUAUUAGGUAUAAAAGUAAUCUUCCGUUAACUGAGAUCAACAAGAUACUAAAAAACUUGGAAAGCAAGAAACUCAUUAAAGCCGUGAAGUCCGUAGCGGCUUCCAAGAAAAAGGUAUACAUGUUAUACAACCUUCAGCCCGAUCGUUCUGUGACAGGCGGAGCCUGGUAUAGUGACCAGGAUUUUGAAUCUGAAUUUGUAGAGGUUCUGAACCAGCAGUGUUUUAAAUUCUUGGAGAGCAAGGCUGAAGCUGCUCGAGAAAGCAAACAGAGCCCCAUGAUCCAGAGAAACAGCUCAUUUGCGUCCUCGCACGAGGUGUGGAAAUAUAUCAGCGAACUGGGCAUUAGUAAGGUGGAAUUGUCAAUGGAGGACAUCGAAACCAUUCUCAACACAUUAAUAUAUGACGGGAAGGUGGAAAUGACCAUAAUUGCUGCCAAAGAAGGAACAGUCGGCAGCGUGGACGGGCACAUGAAGCUGUACAGAGCGGUCAACCCCAUCAUCCAGCCCACGGGCUUAGUUCGGACCCCGUGUGGGCUCUGCCCAGUUUUUGACGACUGCCAUGAAGGUGGCGAGAUAUCCCCGUCAAACUGUAUUUAUAUGACGGAGUGGCUGGAAUUUUAGCCACGAAACGUGGAUUGUGUCGCCUCCCUGCA